AUGGGAGCUGUUGCAUCGUGCCUCAGUUCGAUCGUCUCGGCCAUCGCGAGCCUGUUCCACACCAUCUUUUCCGCCAUCGGAAGCAUCCUACACACCAUUGUGUCGGCCAUCUCGUCGGCGCUGAUCGCAACGUUCAAUUGCAUCGCCGACGUGCUCUGCUGUCGAUGCGGAGGCGGCGGACGCAGACGCAGAUCCAAGGUCUAG